AUGUCUACCGGGAUGACCAGCAUAGGCAAAGAACUAUACGAACAAAUGGCGAACAAACUGUCGUUUUCUCUUUGCUGUGGUGCGCAACCCAUCGAACACCACAAGGAACUGAAACAAUACCAAGUAUGUAUAAUCAUACCCGAAGGACACAGACAGGUAGAAUACAGCGAUACCACGGUGGUUACAUCUCUUUCGUUUGGUGCCGUACAUUCUCCUAAGAAACCAGGCUUCGAGUACCGAGAACUGAACCCCAUACCACAGAUUCAGAAAAUCGCUUUCAGCCCGAAGGACUCCUACGAAGGAAUUAAUAUGACUCAACAUCUAUCAAAACGUUUAGACUUUCGGUUCAUGCUUAAAAUUAUCAUGAAUGAGGGAUUCAGCUGGGUUCCAGGUGAGUCCCCAGUUAAAACCGAAUCGGAAUGCAAACGGUUAUUCUAUCCGCUUGAAGAGGAACAGGAUGUGUACAUAACUGUAAUGUUCAGAGCUUAG